AUGAGCCAGUAUUGUCCUCACUUACAAAAGUCAGCUCAUUCUCUGAACAAGGUCGUCAAAGAAGAGAACUCCAUCGGAGUAGUCAUUUCCACUGGAGCAACUGUCAUUUCAAAAGCAACGGAUAGCCCUACUGCAAAAGCAUAUCAUGUUUCAAAUUCAAAAGAGAAUGGGCUAGUGAGCCUCAAGGCAAAUACAAAGGAUCAUGAGGUGUUAGAAGUGGACCCAUCAGUUUAUGAAGAGCCCACUGAUUCCAAGAGAUCUAGUAAGCAGAAGCAGUCCAAAGAACAAGCUAUUAACAAAAAUCUAAACCCAUCAUCGAAACUCGCAGUAACUAAGAAUCAUGAACCAAAUAGGGAAACAAGUCCCUCAGAACCACCAGAUCCAGGCGAUGGAGGAAAGGAUAAAGGGGAUCCAGUCGUUGAGGUAGAUACAACUGAACUCGAUCUCUGUGGGUCUCAUCUUCAACCGAACGAGCAAGAAAAAUGGCUUGUGAAUGUCAACUAUGUGAUUAGAGCAGUGAGGAUUGUGAUAGAGGACUCCUACCUCACCGUAGCAGAAGUCCACACAACCGCAGUUACUAUAGCUGAAGUGGACCUGCUAGAGGAUAAUAGAAGAAGAGCCCAAGUGUUUUUUGAACCGUGA